UGACGUCACGUAAGAGGAAGUUGUUUGUUGCACAGUAGUGGAGAAACACACCUGCUGCGUCUGCAUACACGAGCUAGGCUGUAGAGAUAAAGGUAAGCUAAAAGAGCUAGGACAGGUAAACUGAAAGUUAGGAAUGGCUCAGGUGUGUUUCACUGCUUCCCUUGUCGGGUUUAUGUGCUGUUUGUCGGUUUUAAACGCGUGUAAGUGGGACCCGGACACGGAGCUCGAGCAGGGGCUGGAUGUCAGCUCGUUUGAUAACGGUGCGUCUCACCUGGCUCACCUGCCGGAGAUCACGGACGCUGAGCGGUGUCAGAGAGCCUGCUGUGAGAGAGACGACUGCCAGCUCGCUGUGAUCGGGACUCCGGCGGACGACGGCAGGCCAGAGUGCAUCCUGGUCAGCUGUAUAAAAGACGGCAAAGACGUGUGUGUUUUGACCCAGAGUACACAGUUUAAGGUGCAUCGCAAGAUCCCGGAUAGCGCUGACCCAGAGCCCCAAAACAAGGCCGAAGUUCGCUCUAAACGCGGCACAGAUCACUGCCAUCUCCCAAGUGUGGUGGGAAUUUGCCGCGCUGCCUUCCCACGAUUUUAUUAUGAUGUCACGGAUCAGACCUGCAAGCGGUUCAUCUAUGGCGGCUGUGGAGGCAACGAUAACAACUUUAACUCCCAGGAGGAAUGUGAGGCUUCCUGUAGUGGGGUGACAGCUGUUCCCAGCAAAAACAAGGACCCUGACGUUCCCAAUUCUUCUAAGAGCUCUGAAGAAACCUGUGCUGUGCCGUCCGACUCUGGCCCAUGCCGUGCAGCCUUCCCGAUGUUUUACUUUGAUUCCAGCACUCAGUCUUGUAAGAGCUUCAUCUACGGAGGCUGCAAGGGAAACCUAAACCGCUACAACACUGAGGAAGAGUGCAUGGCAGCUUGCUCCGGGAAAAACACCUUCUUCCUAGUGGCCACCCUGGCCAUCAUAUUUGCCCUACUUCUGGUAGGUUUGAUCCUGAUCGCAGUGCGCAGAAACUAUCACAGGAGUCUCUUCAUAUUUGAUAAGGAGGAGUUACUGCCUGCAGAGGAGCAGGUGUCCUAUGAGAAGCUGCCCGAGGAAGACACAAGCUAAAGCCAGAGGCCUUUCAGUGUCUGGUACGAAGAUCCAUCUCAUGACACUCCAAUGUUCAGCUUUAAUAAGACUACUAGCUCCAAGUUAAGAAUAAAGCUUGUUUCAUUAUUGUUUAAAUGAGAUAUUCUACACCAUUUUUUUAACUGUAAAAGUGGGAUAUGUUGCACCAAGAUUUGUUGAGUUGGUUGAAAUACUUAUAUUACCGUGGUAUCCCCAAUAUUGUUUUUUUAACUUAUGUAUAUGUAUACAUUUAUAAAUGAGAAUAAAUGAUUGAGUUGAUUUUUAAAGGCUUAUAAUUUAACCCUCAUGGGACAUUUUUAGUGAGAAGUCAUUAAAUCAUUGCCACAGUCCAUAGCCUUGUUGUUUGGUUGUAAGCAUAUACAAAAUGCAGUAGAUAUGAGAAAAUAAGAAUGCAUACAUGAGAAAAUACAGUAUACCAUAACAGAAUAUUUUUUUAAUAUAUAUAUGAACAUGUAUUAUUCUGUAUUGGCAACUGAAGACUUUUGAUGACUCUUUGCCCACUAAUGAAUGUUCUGUUUCUGUGACCUAUAACUGUUUAAUUCAUAUCAGCCUGUACUUAAUUUUUUUUUAAAGCAUUGUUAUUUUUAAAAUCUACAAAAAUAAAGGAAAUUUAGGUUUCUUUUUCCAAGUA